CGCACCGCGUCGCUCUCCGCGCGUCCGCCGCGCUCCUCCGCUGCGCCAGUCCGCCUCGCAGCACUCGUACAACCAGUUGGCUUGGCCCUUUUUUCUGCCUUCUCACUCUGUGCUGUUGUUGCCUGGUGUCAACCUACGUCGAGAAGACACAUCCCUCCCUCUCGACUGUUCGAGGGCUGCUCCAAUUUGCCUUCACUUUCCUCUCCACCGGCACCAUUGGCUGUCGCUCUGCCCGUCAAGCCGCUUCCUCGUCGGCGGAGUUGAGUAGCAACAGCUCGGAACAUCUGGCGGACCAGCGCCGCUCUCUCCCCGCCGCUCCUGUCCUUCCCUCGGCGGCUUGUUAUGGAAAUGAGUACAAAGUACAUCUAGUUUUUUUUUCUCUAGAGGAAGAGCUUUGAAGGAGGAAGCAGAAAGACGUCGGAGCUGGUUGUCUGUUAUGAGGACGGCAGGAUGGAGUUUCCAGACCACAGCAGACACUUGCUCCAGUGUCUAAGUGAGCAGCGCCACCAGGGCUUCCUGUGCGACUCCACCGUGCUGGUGGGCGACGCCCAGUUCCGCGCCCACCGGGCCGUGCUGGCCUCCUGCAGCAUGUACUUCCACCUCUUCUACAAGGACCAGCUGGACAAGCGGGACGUGGUGCACCUCAACAGCGACAUCGUCACGGCGCCCGCCUUCGCCCUGCUGCUGGAGUUCAUGUACGAGGGCAAGCUGCAGUUCCAGGCGCUGCCCGUGGAGGACGUGCUGGCCGCCGCCAGCUACCUGCACAUGUACGACAUCGUCAAGGUGUGCAAGAAGCGGCUGAAGCGCAAGGGCGUGGAGGCGGACGUGGCGCGGCCCGAGGACGAGGCGGCCUCCAGCGGCUCGGACAAGGCGGACAGCGCCUCGGACGCCUCGCCGGGCCGGCCCGCCACCGCCGACCUGCUGCCCAGCGACGAGGACGACGAGGAGAAGCCGGAGGCGGCGGCCGCCCUGUGGCUGAGGAUGCCCGCCGCCGAGAGGGCGGGCACGCCGCUCGGCACGGCCAGCCCGCGGCAGGGCGAGGCGGAAGGCGCGGCGGGGGACCGGGGGAAGCUCCUCUCCCCGGCCGGCAGCCCCAGCAGCUCGCUCUCCCAGAGGUCCCAGCGCUCCCAGCGCUCGGCCGGCUCCCGCGUCGCCCGCAGGGGCAGGAAGGUGUCGAGCGACGCGGCCGACUGCGUCCUGGACCUGUCGGUCAAGCCCGUCGCCGGGGGCCACCACGGUAGCCUCCUGCACCCGUCGUUCCUGAGCGGGGCGUCGGGGCCCGACGGCACGCUGGGCGUGAGGGUGAAGAUCGAGAGGGGCGUGGCGUCGGAGGAGGAGGAGGAGCGCGGCGUCUACGAGAUGGAGCACAGCGGUGUCGCCAAGGCCGCCGCGCCGAGCGCCAACGGGGGCCUGGGCCAUCACGGGGUCACCGGGCCCCUGUCGGCCCAGCGCCGGCUGGGCCUGGAGGCCCACCUGUCGGCCCUGCGCGAGGCCUCGCUGGCCACGGAGCUGGAGAAGGAGAAGGCCCCGGGGGACAACGGGGACAUGCUGGGGGCCGAGAGCGAGCGCUCCCAGCAUGCCGAGGCGGCCGGCAUGGACAGCACCCUGCUGCCCUACGUGUCCAACAUGCUGUCGGCGCCGCACCACGCGCAGAUCUUCAUGUGCCCGCUGUGCAACAAGGUGUUCCCCUCGCCGCACAUCCUGCAGAUCCACCUCAGCUCGCACUUCCGCGAGCAGGAGGGCAUCCGCGCCAAGCCCGCCGGCGACGUCAACGUGCCCACGUGCUCCAUCUGCGGCAAGACCUUCUCCUGCAUGUACACGCUGAAGAGGCACGAGCGGACGCACUCGGGCGAGAAGCCAUACACGUGCACCACGUGCGGCAAGAGCUUCCAGUACUCGCACAACCUCAGCCGGCACGCCGUGGUGCACACGCGGGAGAAGCCGCACGCGUGCAAGUGGUGCGAGCGGCGCUUCACGCAGUCGGGCGACCUGUACCGGCACAUCCGCAAGUUCCACUGCGAGCUGGUCAACUCGCUGUCGGUGAAGAGCGAGCCCCUGGCUCUGCCCAACGUCAGGGACUGGGCCAUAGAGGACAGCUCCCAGGAACUGUGGAAGUAGAGACACUGGCGGGCGGGAGAGCAGGGGAGGUAUGAGAAAGAGAGAGGGGAGGAAGGAUGGGAGGAAGGGAAAAAAGGCAGUUUGAAAGAGAGAAGUCAGGGGGAGAUGGUAAGGUGGUGGUUGUUUCGGCGUUAAAAUCACUCUCGUUUCUUGUACGUCGCAGAUCUCAUUCAAUUGCACUUUAAUAGCACAUGAUAAUGUUACUACUGAUUUCAUUUUUGGUUUGUCUGUGGGUCAUUUUGUCUUAUGCUAUUUUAUUCACCCAGUUUAUUUUAUUUUAUUGAUUCUGUUUGCUGAGAUUUUUUUUUAAAUACUGUGUUUAAAAUGUGGGUCGACAACAGAGCCACCUGCUGUUAAAUGUUUCACAGUGUGUGUGUGUGUGUGUGUGUCUGCGUGUGUGAAUGCGUGUGUGUGUGCCUGUGUUAAAUCACAACACUGGCUAGUUGAGGUCAAAACACACUGAAGUGAAAAACAUCCAACAAUUACAAAAUACCAAACGGGUACAGUGACUAUCACCUCCAUCUACACCACGCACACAGGACCUCUUGGACGUGUGUGUGUGUGGCUGCGUGUGUGAGGCUGGGUGUUUUUGAGAGACAGGCAGUUAUUCAGGCAAAAGUUCACCUGACAUGCAUGCAAGUCGGCAUGUUGUGUGAGUGUGUUAGUGUGUGUUAAUAUUAUUAUUAUUAUUAUCAUUAUUAUUAUGUUUUAUGUUUAUUAUUAUUAUUAUUAUUAUUAUGGAGGGUUUUUUGCGAUGCACUCCAGGUAUCUCAAGUUAAGCUCUUUGCUGUGUGUGUGUGUGUGUGUGUGUGUGUGUGUGUGUGUGUGUGUGUGUGUGUGUGUGUGUGUGUGUGUGUGUGUGUGUGUGUGUGUGUGUGUGUGUGUGUGUGUGUGCGUGUACACAUGCUUGUGUGUGUGUGUAUGAGGGAAGGCUAACUGUCAUACAAAUGGCACUCAUGCAAUGCACAGCCUCUUUUUUUACUUCCAAUCAAUUUGAAGUAUUUUCUAAAAACGAAAAAGACCUUUACAAAUUAUUAAUAUUAUUAUUGUUGUUAUUAUUGUUAUAGAUUCUUUUCUUAAAUCUAGAUGGCAGUCUUUAAAAAAAAUCUUCUUGUCGAAAAAGGUAUUUAAUUUAAGUUGGGUGUACAUUGUUGCGCUAUUGUUUUACAACAUAUUGUUAUUUUAUUUUUUACCAUUAAUGUUCUAAUUAUUAUUAGUAUUUCAAAUUUUUAAAGUGGACCUGCUGUUGUUGCAUGACGUCCAUACCUGUAUAUUUUUGGGGAAAAAUGUGAAUUUGCUGUAUUACUGUACACAUUGUAAUUGAUCAAAUAAUUGACGACAGACUUUCUUUCUCUUUCGGUUCCUUUGUGAAUACUACUCCAGGGUGGGGUCUGUUGAACAGCUGUUGAAUAUUGUGCCCACGGAUAUGGACAAACGCAUGAAAUAUCAUUUAUAUUUAAUUUAGUGUGAUACAUUGGACCGUUUGUCAGUUGCUUUUCCUGGACGGGG